AUCGGCCAACAAUGAUCCGUAAACAUGGCGGCGCCCAGUGCAAACUAAACCAGCGUGUUAAGACAGUUCACAAGAACUAAAUUACGUCCGAGUUGCCUUAGCGGAAUUGUUGGCAUGUCGCAAUCUGUGAAGAACGCAUACGACUCACUGAGUCCCACGACUGACCGCUCAACUGGUGUGAUAACUUUCACAUCACGAAAUAAUGCUCCGCCGGGUGCCGUGAUGCUGACCAAAGAAGCGGCGCUGAAACAUCAAUUGGAACUAUUCGCGAAGUGGAAACCACAACGUGAUGUGUGGCCUGUCACAUACGGCGCUGCUAUAUCUGGAAUCGCAGCAGCAUUUGGCGGUGCUGUGCUGAAUGCCAUCUUCAGGAAGCAUUAUGUGUUACGAAAUAUCGGCCUAGUGGCCACCACUCUACCUAAUUUUGGCUUGCCCGGCGUGCUCGCAUACAUUGCAAGCGCUCAUGCAAUGCACGACAUCGUUGUUAUGGACACUCAUUGUGUUGUAUGCACGCAGACAAAGGCUAUGGCAUUGCAGUUAGGUUUCGGAGCCAUCUACCCAUGCAUCAUGGCUCCACUGGCUUGUCUGACCAUUGCUGCGCGCUCAUUUACUUAUCCAGUGCCCCCUUACAGAACACACUACAAGGACAUCCUCACCGACAUUUACAGAGUCUUCAGAAAGCACAGGAUUACGCUUGCUGGCCUAACAGCCUUCCAAUGCAUUUUUGCCUUUGGCCUCCUCCACAUGCAGAUGCGUUCUGUGAUCAAGGUGCAGAGGAAGCUUGCGGAACUGUGAGCUCUGCUCAAUAUCCCAUUGGAAUGUAGUUUUCUAUUUUUCAGUGAACUCAACUGCUCAUUGCAGUGAAAGAAUGUCGAUAUAUGCAAGGACGUGUGUAUGCGCAAAUAAUUUGGUGUACGCGCAACGCUGAUUGCCAGCAAGCGUGAUGCUUGUCAGCUCUGUCUUUUUUGGUGUUGUUUUUUUCAAACAUGUUGACUAGAUCAUGUUGACCAUGUGCAACGACUCUUUAUUUACUGUGUACAAGAAGCUGCUCACCGUCAGCAAUUCUGUAAUAUUGUGCAGCUGUGCUUAAUCAGAAAUAUUGAAACAGGUUUCCUUAAGUAGAGAUCUAGCAGCUUUUGCAUUAUGCCUUGACAACCACUGCUAGACAACAAUGCCUAGAAAAAUAAAAUUACUUGUGUAGUCAUUUCAACAGUUAUCGCAUACAAAAUUAUGUUGCAGUGAUGUUAUUCUGUAGUUCUAUUAUAGGAUUCUCUUUAUGUGCCCAUCUUUGGAAGAUGCACACACAGAUGUAAACAUUUGGCAAUUUCCAUGACAUGCCCAAAAGAUUCCGCUGCAGUCACUAUUAGCCUGGAUGAAAAGAACAAUGCUGCAUUGCUUGGAAUUUAUCUCUUCCUUGAAAGUAUACUAAACGUCACACCAAGAGAACUUUUGUAGACAUUGCCUUAGCUGUGUGUUUGACGAUGAUGUCAAAUCCAGACUUGCUGCUAGAUUUGAAUACUAACAUGAUGGCUUGCUCAACAGACCUGUCUCAUCACACUGUGUUCCAAGUGCGUGAACAUAGGUUAUGCAGAUGCCAGGAUGCCUACAGUUUUCUCCGACCUUGUGCCAUGCCAGAGCUGCUACACAAUUUUGACUACCUUGCUUAGGUUGACCAUAUUCAGUUUUGCUAGUGGAUUAUAUUUGUAUGGUGUUUUAGAGCACUGUGGUGGAAGAACCACUAAAAUGAAAAGGUUUCAUCAAUGUUGCCUUUAUAGUGAUGGCAGUGAAAAUGGCUGAGAAAUGCAUCUGCUUAUAAGCAAGCAAAUGGCUGAUCACACAGGGUACUUAUGCUGAGGAUCGGGGAAGGGAUCAUCUGCAAUGUUGCUGGCAAGCCUUUUCUUUUACACAUCCUGCGAGCAGCACGGUUGCCCACCACCAUGGUUUGCACAAGGUCGAUCCAAAUAGGUCACGGAGCUUUGGGCGAAAAGUGGUUCAGGGCGAAUUGGAACUGACA